GACUUCUGUUCAUCCAUGAGCCACAGCUUCCAUGGAAAACGCGCCUGGCACGAUUGUCAGGUGUUGUUGACAUCUAGGAAAAUAUUUACGAUUGUUGGUCAAUUCUCCACCCUGAGCGAAGUCCUCUUCCAAUUUCUGCAGGAACCUAAAGAGGUGGAAAGGUUCCUAGCUCAGCUCUCCGAAUUUGCCAGCGUGAAUAAGAUCAGCCUUGGACCCUUGAAGAAUGUUGUCAAAAGCCUCCUGCUGGUGCCAAACGGGGCCUUGAAGAGGAGCCUGUCGGCAGACCAGGUCCGCACAGAUCUGAUCACCUUGGGGCUGAGCGAGGAGAAGGCCAGCUAUUUUGAAGAGCAGUGGAAGAAGAACGCCCCUGCCCUCCAGCGCUUGGCUGUCGGUCAGACCCUGAUGAUUAACCAGCUGGUGGACAUGGAAUGGAAGUUUGGAGUAACCGCAGGAAGCAGCGAACUGGGUAAAGUGGGCGCCAUCUUCUUGCAGCUGAAAUUGUUGAUCAAAAAGGGCAACCAAACAGAGCCCGUAUACAUGGAGUUAACGUUGCCCCAGUUUUACAGCUUUCUUCAUGAGAUGGAAAGAGUUAAAGCUAGUCUGGAGUGCCUCAGCUGACUUUCCUGUUGGACUGCUGCCUGCUACCACUGACACUGCCAGGAAGCUGAAGAAGGGGCCAGCAGAGAAUGGAAAAGGCCCGCACAGCCAUGCACACCUCUCCUUUUUUUGCCAUUGAGAUCUCUUAAUAAAAGAUGUGAACAGCUUGGAAAGUUA